AUGUUUGGAGAUGAGGCUACUAAUACCAGAUUUGAUUUAUUAGAUGAGUGGUCAAGGUUAAGGAAAGUGAAUGACCAGCUGCUGGAGGGGUCUUCACCAGGAUCUGUUGUCACAUUCUCUAAAACUGGAGAGUCUAAUUCAAACAUUUUUAUGGAUUUUCUACGCAAUCAUUUCAGGAAGAUAGUCCCAGAUAAUGAACUUGUGUUGUUGUUGUUAGAUGGACACGCAUCUCAUAUCCCUGUUAGCACAUUUGAAUGGGCAAGGAAUCAUAAUAUUAUACUCCAGUUAAUACCAGCACUCACCAGCCAUUUUUUACAACCACUAGAUGUAGGUUGUUAUGGCCUUCUUAAAGAUAUUUACAACAGUCUGUCUCAUAAAACUAUCAGAACGAAAAACUGUGCACUAGAUCAUAAUGAUGUGUGUCCCAUGGUAUGCAAAGCUUACAAAGAUGCAUUAUCAACUAGUAAUUUGCAGUCGGCUUUUAGAAAAACAGGAAUAUAUCCAUUCACCAAAGAUGUCAUGGAGUUGCCACUAGAACCAUCUGAAGCAUUAUGCCUCACUGACUCUGAAAGCAUUGAAGAAAGCCAGGUUGAGAAUGUUAUUGACUUACAUUUACUAAAUGAAGACAAUAGCUUAUCAGAAGCAGAAAUUGUAAAUGAGAGAAAUCAUGGGAAACUUUUAAUCAGACAGGUUGAAAGGACAGAGAAUCCUUUUUUCAUUGGUGAUCUAGGAGAUAUUAUCAGAAAACACAAGAUUUGGCAAAAAAGUUUUCCGACGGUUGUACCAUUCUACGCAGUGAAAUGCAAUGAUUUCUACCCCGUGCUGCGUUUAAUGGCUGACAUGGGGAUGUCCUUUGAUUGUGCAAGCAAGAUUGAAAUACAGAAAAUUCUGGAUCUUGGUGUUGAUCCGACCAGAAUCAUCUAUGCUAAUCCAUAUAAGCAGAUAUCAUUUUUGAAGUAUGCCGCUGAUAAUGACGUUGCUAUGAUGACAUUUGAUUGUGAUGAUGAACUAGAAAAGAUCAAAGAAGAGUAUCCUGCCGCAAAACUGGUAUUGCGAAUAUGUCCACAAUCAAACCACAAGGUAAAACAUCCAUUAAAAAGAAAGUUCGGAUGUCAUCCUUUAAAAGCAUCACAGCUUCUUGAAUAUGCAAAGGAAUUGAAAUUAAACGUAAUUGGUGUAAGUUUUCAUGUUGGAAGUGGUUGCCAAGAAGCCGCAGCUUAUCGAGCAGCUAUAGAGGAGUCAAGAUAUGUAUUUGAAUUAGGACUUGCUAUGGGAUUCGAUAUGACUCUAUUGAAUAUAGGUGGAGGUUUUCCUGGAAGAAACGUCCAAAAUGAUAAAAACACUUUUAAAGAGAUAUCUACCGUAGUGAAUAAAUCAUUAGACAAAUAUUUCAAUGGGAAUGACGUCAGAAUAAUAGCUGAACCUGGACAGUUUUACGUAUCCUCAGCUUUUACAAUAGCAACCAAUAUUAUAGCGAAGAAAAUUGUCGAUAAAGAAAUUGAAAAUAUAACAACUGAUGGUGAAUUUCACGAUAACACAGAUACACUUUAUAAACAAAUUAGAAUGUAUUAUGUCAAUGAUGGAAUUUAUGGAUGCUUUUUCGAUUGUCUUCUCUACCCUGGCUGGUUCAUUCCAUCACAUUUUAAGGACGACGACGAAAAAGUGUAUGACAGCACUAUAUGGGGACCGACUUGUGAUGCUGUAGAUUUAAUUAUUGAAAACAUCAACCUACCAGACUUGAAAAGAGGAGAGUGGAUUUACUUCAAGAAUAUGGGAGCAUAUGCAUUCCAAUGUGUGACUUCUUUCAAUAGCAUGCCCAAAGUAAAAGAAUAUUUCAUAUGUGAUCGAAUGUUAUGGGAGGAAAUCUAUCCACUAGAAUAAAGUCGACUAAUCAAGACUACACAAAAAGAAUGAUAAGCACAUUGGUUUAUGUCGAGUAUAUGAAACCUUCACAACUUGUAAGA